GUCCGCACCAGAUUCUUCCAAAAAACGUGAGCUCCUUCCUCGCUCGCCGGGUCUUGCAGCUGUCUUUGCCGCGUCAUGUUUCGAGCCGCCGUCCGACUCUCUGUCUCCGGUGUCCGGAGUUUAACCCGCACACAGCCAAGAUGCCAAGCUGUUUUGGCCUCUAGGUGCUACUCACAUGGGAAACAGGAGACAGAUGAGGAGUUUGAUGCUCGCUGGGUCACUUAUUUCAACAAGCCAGAUAUUGAUGCAUGGGAGCUUAGAAAAGGGAUGAAUACUUUAAUCGGAUACGACCUCGUUCCUGAGCCAAAGAUUCUCGAGGCGGCGCUGAGAGCCUGUCGCAGGUUAAAUGAUUUGGCCAGCGCAAUCCGAAUUUUGGAAGCUGUGAAGGACAAAGCCGGCCCUCAUAAGGAGAUCUAUCCAUACGUGAUCCAGGAGCUGAAGCCUACAUUAGACGAGCUCGGCAUUUCUACACCAGAGGAACUUGGCAUUGACAAAGUGUAGUGGACUGAGUCUCCCAGCAGAGUGCUUUACCCAGGACACAUUUCUUGUAUUUACAUGUUUGCCUCAUCAAAGUGUGGUAUAUUAUUUGGCCUUUAUUAGGUUCUUUUGAUCUGUAAAAUAUGGAUGAACAUAAUAAAGGAUAUGUAUCUUUAAGUGUCAAAUGUAUAUCGAAAUGUUUUUCUUAUUUUGACAGCUUCAGGACCUUUUUGGAGAAAUACUGAAAGAUGUUUCCAAUGUUGUUCUGUUUUAAAAACAGCUGUCUGGAUGUGCAGGACUCCAUCUGGCCAGAAGGGGGCAGCCUUGUCUCAUGAAUGUUACAAUCGUUAAACUGAUACAUUUUUGUUUGCAUUUGCAUUUCAGGGGAAUUACCUGCUGGUAAAAUAAACUUGUUCCAUUUCCA